UGACCGCAGGCGGCGAAAGACAGAACUAACUAAAUACAACGUUCAGAGGCCCUUAGCUCCCUUCCGGGACGUUUGGAAUCAGAUCGACUGUGGGCGCCCUGCUGGCAUCUGAGCUGGGAUGGAAAUUCUACGAUGCAGAUGACUAUCACCCGGAGGAAAAUCGUAUGAAGAUGGGAAAGGGGAUCCCGCUGAGUGACCAGGACAGGAUUCCAUGGCUCUGCAACUUGCAUGACAUUUUAUUAAGAGAUGUAUCCUCAGGACAGCACGUGGUUCUAGCCUGUUCAGCCCUGAAGAAAAUGUACAGAGACAUCCUCAUCCGAGGAAAAGAUGGUGCAGCUCUGAAGCAUGAGGAGUCAGGAGAGAAAGAAAGGCUGGCUGAAGUGCAGCUCUUGGUGGUCCAUCUGAGGGGGUCGUUUGAAGUCAUCUCUGGACGCUUACUCAAGAGAAAAGGACAUUUCAUGCCCCCUGAGUUACUGCAGUCCCAGUUUGAGACUCUGGAGCCCCCAGCAGCUCCAGAAAACUUUAUCCAAGUCAGUGUGGACAGCAGUCUUUCAGAGGUAAUUGCUACAGUUAUGGAAACUUUAAAAAUGAAAUCAGAAUCAUUUCUUAUCAGUGGUCCACAGCAGAAUUAGGAAUAAAUCUCUAGCCCAUUCCAAACCUUGUUCCAGUCUCCUUGCCUGUACUGUACUCUGAAUUCUUCUUAAGGUGAACAAACCACAAUGUGUUGAGAUACUAUACUUGUUUGGAUGUAUUUUUAGGAAUUUGUGACAUACUUAGCACCAUGUGCUGCUAUGUUGGGAGAAGAGGAGAGGGAACUUUAAAGGUCAAGCUUAAACUGAAGUUUAAAUUCAUCUGUGACCCAAUCAAAUGAUCAGAGGAAAUUCUGUCAUCCAUGUUGGAAACGAUUACCUUUUUUAGAACGUUCUCGCUCAUGCCUUUAUUUGUACGAAUAAAUGAAACUUGGCUAUCCUUGA